UUUGAGUGUACGACUGUGUAGGCGUAGGCAGGCGACCCCGAUGAGGUUGACUAUAAAGACAUCACAAUUUCUAGCGUCGGUCCUUUAUCAAGUCGUACGAUCCCGUGAUUAAAGUUAUAGGCAGACACAUAACGGAUAAGGAAAUGGAUAAUUUUAUGACGACAGUGACGGCUGUUAUUCUCGCCUUCGUGUGUGUGACGUCACUUCCGGUAAAUGAAGGCGACGAUGUAUCCAACCUAGCCAACUUACUAGGCAAGCUCAGAUCACUUCACAGAAAGAGGCUUGACUCUCACAGCUGGGGACAUUUCAAAUCUACCUCAGGAAAUGACGACAAACCACAGUCGUCGGACUUGGCAGACUCAACAAGCGAUGUGGCGGAAGACCCCGAGGACGUUUUACCUGAGGAUGUGCCGGACAUGAGGAAGCGGCAGGGCGCUUGGAGCUACGAUUACGGCCUGGGCGGGGGGAGGUUCGGGAAGCGCAAUUACGGAGAAUAUGGUUUUGGUGGAGGUCGUUUUGGACGAGAUGUUGAUCAUGUGGAUCUGAGCGACUGAUCGUCUCAGGCCCGAUGACGGGUUGUAUUCUCCAAACGUGAAACUCAUGAGAAGAUAAAAGUUAUAUUUAACCCUG